UUAACCUUUCUUACAUAAAUCACUACCUCAAAUUAUAAUACCAAUCUUCUCUCUUUCACACAACUUCUUAACCUUUUACUUCUCUCACACACACACUGUUUUAAUCUUGAUUAUACUCUGACAUAUACACCAAUUUGAAAUUUUGCACAGUAUUUGGAAUCUUAACAAUUACUACCAAGCCUAACUUGGGUUGUUGUUCACUGUGUGAUAACAAAGAUGGUUGGCAUGGAAGGCCAUGGCAGCAAGCAUGAUCAGCAAACAUUUAACGUCUCCCUUGACAUGCAUCAACAAGGAGACUCUAAGUGUUUCGACGAUGAUGGUCGCCCCAAACGAACCGGAACAUUGUGGACUGCGAGUGCACACAUAAUAACCGCAGUGAUAGGGUCUGGAGUUCUCUCUCUCGCUUGGGCUAUAGCUCAGCUUGGAUGGAUUGCUGGUCCUGCGGUCAUGCUUCUCUUCUCUGCCAUCACUUUCAUCACUUCCCUUCUUCUCACUGAUUGUUAUCGUACCGGUGACCCUCUCACUGGCAAGAGAAACUACACUUACAUGGAUGCUAUUCGUUCUAACUUUGGUGGCAACGGCUUUAAGGUCAAGAUGUGUGGACUGGUUCAGUAUGUUAACCUUUUUGGAAUCUGCGUCGGUUACACUAUAGCGGCUUCCGUUAGUAUGAUGGCAAUCGAAAGAUCUAAUUGUUUCCACAAGAGCGGAGGGAAGAAUCCAUGUCAAAUGAACAGCAACAUGUACAUGAUUUCAUUUGGAAUAGUUGAGAUUAUUUUCUCUCAAAUUCCAGGCUUCGAUCAAUUAUGGUGGCUCUCCAUUGUAGCUGCUGUUAUGUCUGUGACGUACUCGACCAUUGGACUAGGCAUGGGUAUUGGAAAGGUCAUUGGUAACAGAAGAGUUGAGGGAGGCACAACCGGGAUAAUUGUUGGUACUGUGACGCAAACAGAUAAAGUUUUGAGAGCCAUGCAAGCUCUUGGUAACAUAGCCUUUGCCUAUUCAUACUCCUUCAUCCUUAUAGAAAUUCAGGACACAGUGAAAUCCCCUCCAUCAGCAUCAAAAACAAUGAAGAAGGCCUCAUUUAUGGGUGUUUCGGUCACCACCGUUUUUUACAUGCUUUGUGGCUGCUUUGGAUAUGCUGCUUUUGGAGAUUCAAGCCCUGGAAACCUUCUCACUGGUUUUGGCUUCUACAACCCAUACUGGCUCCUUGACAUUGCCAAUGCUGCCAUCGUGAUCCACCUUAUCGGUUCAUACCAAGUUUACAGCCAGCCCCUCUUUGCUUUCGUUGAGAAAAACGCAGCACAUAGAUUCCCAGAUAGUGAUUUUGUGAAGAAGGAAAUUGAAAUUGGAGUCCCUGGUUUGCAUCCCUUGAAGCUGAACUACUUUAGAAUGGUUUGGAGGACAGUGUUUGUAAUGGGAAGCUGUGUAAUAGCAAUGCUGCUUCCAUUCUUCAAUGACGUGGGGGGACUUCUUGGAGCUCUUGGAUUUUGGCCCCUUGCAGUGUAUUUCCCAGUGGAGAUGUACAUUGUUCAAAAGAGAAUUCCUAAGUGGAGUACAAAGUGGAUCUGCUUUCAGAUACUUAACAUUUCUUGCCUUUUGGUGACUAUAGGAGCUGCAGCUGGCUCUCUUGCUGGGAUUGUCUUUGAUCUUAAAACUUACAAGCCUUUCAAGACCAACUAUUGACUAAACUAUGAUUUUCAUUCAGAGAAAUUUCAGAAAUGCAACCAUAGUUUUCUUGUUCAAGUGAAAUAAAGAAUAUGGUUAUCGUGUAAUGGCGUAUUAUGCCUGUCAGUUAAUUUCUACUAUUCAAUCCAAUUCAAAAUGAAAUAAAAGCAUAUAGUCUUAAUCA